AUGCCAGGAUACGACACAGAUUUCGAGGGCGUCUCAGGCCAGCCAGAGGCUUUCCUGAGCGUGAUCAAUAAGGACGCUUUCGUUUCCGUGACCACCUUCUUCAAUCAUUUCGUCCCACACAAGGAACCGCCCCUCGCACUGGACAUUCGAAGUCCACCGGAGUUCAUCACACGAGAAGACCUCCGCGGCGAUCGAUUCGACAUCCAAGGGAUCGAUUGGGCGCUGCGCAACACCACACGUGCGAACGUUCGAUCGAGGCGAGCCGCGUACGAGGAGUCCAGGCUAGAGGCGAAACAGUUGGAAGUCCGGGAGAGGAUCGAGGCGACGCCCAACAGAGACAACUACUACUCAUUCAAGAGACUCAAUACCAACCAUCAGGUCUUCAUUCCCCACUUCCAGCUGCGCAACCUCCUCACGGCCACUUCGCACGACGACAUCUAUUACGCGGAACGAGACCUGGUCCUGCGAACAGAUGCGUCCGGAGGAGCAGCUACGGUCAUUCAGAAUCUGACCAAAGAGCGCUUCGAAGGCAACCGGUUCACCAUCACGACACUGGCAAGUUCGGAUGACGUUCUGAUAGCGGGCGGCUUCGAGGGCGAAUACGCCGUCACCCACCUCUCCAGCUGCAUCGACACGCCCACGACGAUAGGCCACAUCAACUGCAGGAGUCGGGAGUCAAAGUCCCACAUCACCAACCACAUUCAUCUCUCCCAUUCUCGCCAUAAUUAUUCUCCACAGGCCGUGCUCUCGUCAAACGACAACCGCCUCCGCGUCCUCGACAUCUGCACCGACACCUUCCUCGAUUGCUUCACCUAUACGCACGCCGUGAACUGUUCGGCUACCUCGCCGAACGGUCAGAUGCGUGUGGUGGUGGGCGACUUCAGGGAAACGCUGAUCACAGACGCUCGGACGGGCCGGCACUUCGAGGCACUUAGGACACACACCGACGACGCUUUCGCAUGCGACUGGGCAGACGAUGGUAUUCACGUUGCGACCGCGGCACAGGACUCCACCAUCGUUAUUUGGGAUGCGCGCAAUUGGAGGACGCCGUUGAAGACGAUGCGGUCGGAACUGUCGAUUCCGCGUACACUAAAGUUUUCUCCGAUCGGCGGGGGGCCUCGCACCCUUAUUUCCGCAGAAGCAGAUGACUAUGUCAACAUCAUCAACGCGCAGACUUUUGAGUCUCGCCAAGUUCUUGAUUUCUUCGGCCGCGUGGGCGGUGUCUCUAUGACGCCCGACGGCUCUUCUCUGUUCGUCGCAAAUACUGAGCCUACCUUCGGUGGCAUCAUGGAGUUUGAGCGAUGCGGCUGGGGAGAGCGAAGACAGAGUCCUUACGGCGACGACUUCGAGAAUGACGGCGUCGUGGCCGACUGGGCCUCGGACGAGCAGAUGGAGAUUGAUUCACGCGUGGUGUGCGGUUUGCACGCGAGAGACAGGAGGGGACUUGAUCUCGGCAACGUCAUGGUAUGA